AGAUCAGGGGUUCAAGACCAGCCUGACCAACAUGGUGAAACCCCGUCUCUACUAAAAAUACAAAAAAUUAGCCGGGACUGGUGGCGCGCACCUGUAAUCCCAGCUACUUGGGAGGCUGAGACAGGAGAAUCUCUUGAACCCAGGAGGCAGAAUUUGCAGGAGCCUAGAUAGCGCCAUUGCACUCCAGCCUGGGCAAGAGUGAGACUCUGUCUCAAAAAAAAAAAAAAAAAAAAAAAGGGAGGGGGCUUCUUUAUUGAAACUCAGAAGGUGUAAAAGGAUUCUGUCUUGGAGACCCCUCCUUACAAUGAGGACAUAAUCAGAGGUACCACAUCCAGAGCCCUUGAAGUUUGAGUAGCAGGUAGGCUGAGGUGUGACCCUGUGAUGGUGAAAAUCAUGUUAAGGUCAAGGCCACAGAGGGUGCUCAGGUGUAUUUUAAAGUAUCCUUUCAAGAAAAAUAAAGUGAAUCACUUAGCAGUCACUCUGAUUUAUUUCAUUAAAUCUGAAUAUUAAAUUUAAUGCUGUCAUAAAAUGUAGAUUUCCUAGGCUAUAAUUUCUAUAACUUCCUUCAAAAGAGAGCUUGCCCAAUUCAGUUUUAUGCCACUUCCAGUGUCAUGAACACAAUUGGUACCCCCACAAUAAGAUUAAAGUAGGGAGAGCUGGCAUCUGACAAUCCCUGCCUGCAGAUAGCAAAUCCCAAAGUAAUGCUUCCACCUGGCCUGGCCUGGCCACCAGCACCUUGCCCAGAAACAGCCUGUAGCAAGCUAUGGCAUUUCUAGGCCUGGAGAAGGUCGUGUAAGCAUGGUGUGAUUAGGGGACAUUGUAUUUUUCCUUCUGAAACUUUUCAUCAAGGAAACUCUGAAAUAAUACUGUCUUAAAGACAGCUUGAGGAAUUGAUAAGUUGAUCACCUAUGUCUAAAUAUUGUGUGGCCUCCGAUAACAUCCUAGACCAGUAUCUAUCAGCCCACCAGGUAGGAAAUGGGGGAUUUGAUGGCAGAGAAGUUCAGUUUUCAGUAUUAAUGGUGAAUAUUUAGCAUGUACACAGAAUGCCUGGCACAUAGGAUUUUAACCAAUUUAAUCUUCACAGGAAUGCUCAAAGUUUAGGAGCUUUUAUCGGCAGCCCUAUUUUACAGGUGGAAAAGCAGGUGGUUUGUCAGUGGAUGAGCCUGGCUUGCGGGCAGGCACGUCUGUCUUCUGGCUCUUAACCGCAGUAUUCUCCUGUCUGUUGUCAUGGGGAGCAAGUGCUUACCUGUAAGGAAUCUUUCCCCACACAUUGGUAAAAUAACCCUACAAGAUUAUUUUAGAAGUUUUGCACAGAGGCAGUAUCAUAGCCAUGGAGGUUUAUCUGGGGUGAGAUUAUUGCUAAUUGAAAAUGAAAACAAUAAAGACAGAAUUAUGUUAGGAGACAGACUGUAGCCCUUCAUUGGGAGGGCAUUGGUGUAAACAGCACCCUCACAGUCACAUCUCUUUGUUCUUGUCUUCCUGGAAGCCCACUUGUUCCUAGGUAAGGUUGGGGGUAACAGGUACCAAAGAUACUUUUUUAAACUAGUCACAUGAGUUGCAUCUUCGAGGCUGCAUGGUUAGGAAAGAUGCCUCAUAUAAACGCGCAGCAGGUGAGACAUGCCCCUCGUUUUGUUUUUGCAGGCCAAGCCCCAGAGUGUGCGUGGUUUUAGGGUGCAGGCUGGUGCCUGGGCUAGGCCCCUCGGAGGCUCCGGUCCGCGCUGCGCCGAUCCAUCCCGGCGCUUGGGCCUGCACGCCGCCGCGCUCGCCGCCGCCGCCGCGCUCCCGGGACUCGGCCAGCCCGGCUGGGCGCGCGGCCCGCGGUCCCUGCACGUCGGCCCCCGUCGCCCGCCCCGCCCCGGCGCGCGUUUCCAUUUUAAACCGCCGCCCGCCGCCCGCCAUCCGCCACCCUUCGGCCGCAGCCGGUGCAGCUGUCCGCGCUUCCCGGAGCCCAGGGAGUGGCGGAGGCUGCGGAACCGCCGAGCUGUGUAGCCGGAGCGGGAGGAUGCGCGCGGGCCCCGCGUCGUAGACAAUGAAGCCGCGGGCGCUGCCGCCCGCCCUGGGCCCUGCGCACCGCGGCCGCACCUGCCGGCGAGAGCGCUGUCGCGCCUGACCGGCCGCCUCGCCUGGCCCCGCCGGCCCAUGGCUCGGCGCCCCGGGCCCGGACCCCGGCACUCGGGCGGCGCGGCGCACGGGCCGGCGGGUGUCAGGGGCGCCGUCCCUGCAGCCUGAGUGCGGCCCUAGCGGUGAGCGGGGGGGCGUGGGCCACACUGCCGGCCCGCCUGCCCUCCCCGCCUGGCCCGGCGCCCUCCCGGCCCGCGGGCUCGCUGGAUGCGGCGGGGCCCCAGCGCGCGGGCGACAUGUACUUGUUGGACGGCAGUGGCGAGCCCGCGUCGCCACCCGCGGACGCGAUGCCGCGCGGGACGCCCCCCAGAAAGACUGUCUACCGCAUCUCCGUGACCAUGGUCAGGAAGGAGCAGCUGGCCGCGCCGGGCUUCGGCGGCCCAGACCCACGCCCGGCUCGGCGGCCCCGGCCCGCGCCCUCCCCGGACGCGCCCGGGAGGCUUGAGGAGGAGGCCGAGGAUGCGGAGGGUGCCGAGGAACCGGAGGGUCCCCGGCCGUGCGCCUGGGAUUUCCGCACCUUCCGCACCCGCAGCACCGGGCAGCUGGAACUGGGGCGGCUCCGGCCGUGCGCACGCGGCCUGGAGCCCGCGGACCUGGCCGGCAGCGCGCCGGCCGAGGAGGAGGGACGCAGCUCGCCCGCGCCCGGCAGCCCCGACGUGGAGGGGGCCCGGGCCGCGCCCCUGCGGCGGAGCCUGAGCUUCAGGCACUGGAGCGGGCCUGAGGCGCCGCAAAGCCGGACACUGGGCGGUGGAAGGCGCCACAGCAGCUCCGGGAGCCUGGCCUGGGCGCCGGGCGACGAGGCCGCGGCCGGGGCCACCCUAGAGCCCGCGACCGCCACGCAGCCCGCCUCGGAGAAGCGCAACACCCUGGACGUGGGCGAGGUGCUCAGCAAGAACGACGCGCUCUCGGACCUGGAGCGUUGGGAGCGUAGUAAGAGCAAGAACCGCACGCUGGACAACAGCGACCUGCAGCGGCUAGAGCGCGCGCGGGCGGCGGCCGGGGCCGGCGCGGCCUCGGAGCACCGGCUGCUGCGCUUUUUCAGCGGCAUCUUCGCGCGCAGGGACGGGGGCCCGGGCGGCGGGCCUUCGCCACGGAGCGGAGCCUCGCGGCCGCGCGGCUACUUCAGCCUGCGGCGGGCCCCGGCCGAGGCGCACUCGUCCAGCGCCGAGAGCAUCGACGGCUCCCCGCGCAGAGAUGCUUUUGUGAACAGCCAGGAAUGGACGCUGAGUCGAUCUGUCCCAGAGCUCAAAGUGGGAAUUGUGGGUAACUUGGCCAGCGGCAAGUCUGCCCUGGUGCACCGGUACCUGACGGGCACAUAUGUCCAGGAGGAGUCUCCGGAAGAUAUGGAUGCAGGUGGCAGGUUCAAGAAAGAGAUUGUCGUUGAUGGACAGAGCUAUCUGCUGCUGAUUAGAGAUGAAGGGGGCCCCCCAGAGGCGCAGUUUGCCAUGUGGGUGGAUGCUGUUAUAUUUGUCUUCAGCUUGGAGGAUGAAAUAAGUUUCCAGACCGUUUACCACUACUACAGUCGAAUGGCCAACUAUCGGAACACGAGCGAGAUUCCUCUGGUUCUGGUGGGAACCCAGGAUGCCAUAAGUUCUACUAACCCGAGGGUCAUCGAUGACGCCAGGGCGAGGAAGCUCUCCAACGACCUGAAACGGUGCACAUACUACGAGACGUGUGCUACAUAUGGGCUGAACGUGGAGAGGGUCUUCCAGGACGUUGCCCAGAAGAUUGUUGCCACAAGGAAGAAGCAGCAGCUGUCCAUAGGACCCUGCAAGUCGCUACCUAAUUCUCCCAGCCAUUCCUCCGUCUGUUCCGCGCAGGUGUCCGCUGUGCACAUCAGCCAGACAAGUAAUGGAGGUGGGAGUUUAAGCGACUAUUCCUCCUCCGUUCCAUCGACUCCCAGCACCAGCCAGAAGGAACUUCGGAUCGAUGUUCCUCCCACUGCCAACACGCCCACGCCUGUUCGCAAGCAGUCCAAGCGCCGGUCCAACCUGUUCACCUCUCGGAAAGGGAGCGACCCAGACAAAGAGAAGAAAGGCCUGGAGAGUCGCGCGGACAGCAUCGGGAGCGGCCGAGCCAUCCCAAUUAAACAGGGCAUGCUGUUGAAGCGAAGUGGCAAAUCGUUGAAUAAAGAGUGGAAAAAGAAAUAUGUCACCCUGUGUGACAAUGGCGUGCUGACCUAUCAUCCCAGUUUACAUGAUUACAUGCAGAAUGUUCAUGGUAAGGAGAUUGACCUUCUGAGAACCACUGUGAAAGUCCCAGGGAAGAGGCCACCCCGAGCCACGUCGGCCUGCGCGCCCAUCUCCAGCCCUAAAACCAAUGGCCUAUCCAAGGACAUGAGCAGUUUACACAUCUCACCCAAUUCAGGGAAUGUCACUAGUGCAUCUGGGUCUCAGAUGGCAAGCGGCAUCAGCCUGGUCUCCUUCAACAGCCGACCCGACGGCAUGCACCAGCGCUCCUACUCAGUCUCCAGUGCCGACCAGUGGAGUGAGGCUACAGUCAUUGCAAACUCGGCCAUCAGCAGUGACACAGGGCUGGGUGACUCCGUAUGCUCCAGCCCCAGUAUAUCCAGCACCACCAGCCCCAAGCUCGACCCGCCCCCCUCCCCUCACGCCAACAGAAAGAAGCACCGAAGAAAGAAAAGCACUAGCAACUUCAAAGCCGAUGGCCUGUCCGGCACUGCUGAAGCCAAACGCAAAGCAUGGAAACUAAACCGUGUUGGUAGCCUGCGAAAUAUAUACAGCAGCAGCACCAACACCGAAGAACAAGAAGAAAAUUUUGAGUUUAUCAUUGUGUCCCUCACUGGCCAAACGUGGCACUUUGAAGCCACGACGUAUGAGGAGCGGGACGCCUGGGUCCAAGCCAUCGAGAGCCAGAUCCUGGCCAGCCUGCAGUCGUGCGAGAGCAGCAAGAACAAGUCCCGGCUGACGAGCCAGAGCGAGGCCAUGGCCCUGCAGUCGAUCCGGAACAUGCGCGGGAACUCCCACUGUGUGGACUGCGAGACCCAGAAUCCUAACUGGGCCAGUUUGAACUUGGGAGCCCUCAUGUGCAUCGAGUGCUCAGGGAUCCACCGGAAUCUUGGCACCCAUCUUUCCCGAGUGCGAUCUCUGGACCUGGAUGACUGGCCAGUCGAACUCAUCAAGGUGAUGUCGUCCAUUGGGAACGAGCUAGCCAACAGCGUCUGGGAAGAGAGCAGCCAGGGGCGGACGAAACCCUCGGUAGACUCCACAAGGGAAGAGAAGGAACGGUGGAUCCGUGCCAAGUACGAGCAGAAGCUCUUCCUGGCCCCGCUACCAUGCACGGAGCUGUCCCUGGGCCAGCACCUGCUGCGGGCCACCGCCGACGAGGACCUGAGGACGGCCAUCCUGCUGCUGGCACACGGCUCCCGGGACGAGGUGAACGAGACCUGCGGGGAGGGAGACGGCCGCACGGCCCUGCAUCUGGCCUGCCGCAAGGGGAAUGUGGUCCUGGCGCAACUCCUGAUCUGGUACGGGGUGGACGUCAUGGCCCGAGAUGCCCACGGGAACACAGCGCUGGCCUACGCCCGGCAGGCCUCCAGCCAAGAGUGCAUCGACGUGCUGCUGCAGUAUGGCUGCCCCGACGAGCGCUUCGUGCUCAUGGCCACCCCCAACCUGUCCAGGAGAAACAAUAACCGGAACAACAGCAGCGGGAGGGUGCCCACCAUCAUCUGAGGAACAGCCGUGCCUGCCUGCUCGCCGCACCCGGGACGCGGCAGCCUCGCCGCAUUCUCGCUCGGAAGUCGCAGCACGUGAGUCCCGUCGCAUCCCCUCCCUCUUCCUGGUGGCCGCCUCCCUC